UUAAAGCUCAUAAAUCAUUACCAGGCGGAAGGGCAGGGCAGCGAGGUGGUGCAGGGGGUCUUACUGGGACUGGUGGUCGAUGGCCGCUUGGAAAAACUGUUUUCCCAGCACACAGAGGACGAUCCCGAGAUCGACGGAGUUCAAUAUCAGAUGGAGAUGAUGAGGAGUCUCCGUCACAUCACCAUCGACCACCUCCACGUCGGCUGGUACCGGUCCACCUACUACGGCUCCUUCGUCAGCUGAGCUCUGCUGGACUCCUAGUUCAGCUACCAGCACGCCAUCGAGGAGUCCGUGGUGCUAAUUUACGAUCCCAUCAAGACAGCGCAAGGCUCUCUGUCCCUCAAUGCUUACAGGUUAACUCCUAAACUGAUGGAGAUCUAUAUAGAGAAAGACUUUUCUCCAGAAGGGCUGAGGAAAGCGAACAUCAUCUACGAAGAGGUGCUGAUCGUCAUCAAGAACUCUCAUCUGAUGAACGUGCUGAUGUGGGAGCUGGAGGACAAGAGCAUCGUCGCUGAAAAACACAAACUCCUCAGUUUAUCCAGCAGUAACCAUCUGGAGAAGAGUCUGCAGCUGCUGAUGGAUCGAGUCGAUGGCAUGAGCCAAGAAAUCGUCAAGUACAACACGUACUGCCGCAACCUGAGCAAGCAGCAGCAGCAGAAGCAUCACCUGCAAAGGAGGCGGGGCCAACAUCAUUCUGCAGAGUCGACAGCAGGAGAACGUCCACUGCCGGAAGUGGACAUCAGCAAGAUGUUCAAACCGCCACCACCUCCUCCGCGAAUGGACACACUCCUCAUCGCAUGACAAAUCAGCAACUACCGUCAGAACGUGAAGAAGUUUACCUCUCAGAACCUCGGCAAGCUUUUCAUGGCAGAGGCGCUGCAACAGCACAGCAGCUGA